AUGCAGGCGCCAACGCUAACCAGUAGGCUGCGCGACGUCGCCGCGUCCGCGCACGCUGCUCAUGAGGAAGAACCCCUCUGUGGUUCGAAACUAGUAGAGCUUUUCUCAACAUUUACACGCCCGAGCGUACGGCGCGUAGCGUUCCGCGCGCGCCUCAAAGAGCCAAUAGACCACCACAGACGGGGCCCUAAAGGGCUGAUGUUCAGCCGGGGUUGCGGGGUAAGCGCAAUAAGGUACCGCGACCUCGGCACAGAGCAGGAGAAGGAACAGGGGGGGGAAAAUCAUCCAAUGACUUCUCCCGCCCAGGGUAAGGCGAGAGAGAGUGUCAGACUCUUACUGACUAAAAACCCCCCCGUUCCUUCUCCUGCUCUGGGCCGAGGUCGCGGUGCCUCAUUGCGCUUACCCCGCAGCCCCGGCUAA